UCCGGGCGCGGCGCUUGUUUUGGUUUCCCUCUAGCAGGUCCCUGGCAGCUCCGGAGUGAGCGACUUUCCUGGGCCGGUUGCUGCGCCUGCCUCACCCCCUGAUCUCCUCCUCCUGGGGCUCCUUCAGCCCGCAGCUCGGCAAGCCCCUCGGGGCCGGCUCCUGCCAUGCCGCUAGUUCGCUACAGGAAGGUGGUCAUCCUCGGGUACCGCUCUGUAGGGAAGACAUCUUUGGCACAUCAGUUUGUGGAGGGCGAGUUCCUGGAAGGCUAUGAUCCUACAGUGGAGAACACUUACAGCAAGAUAGUGACUCUUGGCAAAGAUGAGUUUCACCUACACCUGGUGGAUACAGCAGGGCAGGACGAGUACAGCAUCCUGCCCUACUCCUUCAUCAUUGGGGUCCACGGUUAUGUGCUUGUGUACUCUGUUACCUCUCUGCACAGCUUCCAAGUCAUCGCGAGCCUGUACCAAAAGCUACACGAAGGCCAUGGGAAAACGCGGCUGCCGGUGGUGCUAGUGGGGAACAAGGCCGAUCUCUCUCCAGACAGGGAGGUGCAGGCAGUUGAAGGGAAGAAGCUGGCAGAGUCCUGGGGUGCAACGUUUAUGGAGUCAUCUGCUCGAGAGAAUCAGCUUACCCGAGGCAUCUUCACCAAAGUCAUACAGGAGAUUGCCCGGGUAGAGAAUUCCUAUGGGCAAGAGCGCCGCUGCCAGCUCAUGUGAGCCCUCAGGCAUUGGGUAGCUGCCUUGAUUCUGCCCCUGGCACUUGCCAGGCUCCAGCGGGUGUAGGCCCUUAGGACUUCACGGGUAUGGUUGCCAGCUGUGUCCCCAGUCCUCUGGUCGCACAGUGUGGUACCCUCAUGUUUGCACACUUUUCCAGGCUCCAGUGGCCUGGUUGUCAAUGUUUACAAUGGGGCAAGGAUGUCUCAUGGGCACUGGCCUCUAGUCCUCUGUUUUUGCUAAAUGAAUUGUUAUAACUUGCAAGAUUGGCAUGAGUCCUAAGCAUUGUUUAUUUAGGACUCAGUCUUCUGUGCAGGUUUUGGGUGUUGGCUGG